GAUUCGCCUUGUUGAAGUGUUUGUUUUCUAUUUUUGUAUUUGUUUUCAAUUUUUUAGAGGCUCCGUCUAAUAAAAGUCGUUAAAUCUUUCAAUGGAUCCAAAAAAUAUGCUUUUUCGACUGGAGGAUCUCACGGUCCAAAAAGUAUACGAGGAGUACGGCAUAUCCGAGGAAACAAGGAAACAAAAUCCAGGUUUAUAUAAAAUGUUCGUCGAGGAUUUUAUACCCACGCGUGAAGAUUUGGAACGGGAAAUUGAUGAGGACAGCUUAAAAGAAUUAUGUUUGCGCUUGCCUUGUCGUGUGUUAAUGUAUCGUUGGAAUCCAGUACAAGACUUUGUUGAUCAAUUUACGCGCCAAGGGCGCAUACAAAGAUGGACACAGGAGAAAACACAAAAACUUUUAGUAAAAGCUGUGCAGCGGCAUAAAAAUGUGUGUCUAUAUAGUGACGAUGAAAUACGUAAACACCGAGAAAAGGAAUGGUGUGAAAGGAAAAAAGAAAAUUUGAUGCGACUAGAAGUUUGGGAAUACGAUAGGCAGCAGCAAGAGUACAACUGGCAAUCGGAAGAACAGCAAUACAGUGAUUCGAGUAUUCUAGAUACCGCCGAAGACCAUGAUGCUAUUUCAAGCCAAGCGAACGAAGAGCGGGCUAUAGCUGCAACUGUUCUCGACUUGGAUGCUGUGAUGGCCGAGUUGCAUGGUACCACAGUUGAAUCGACACCUUCUGAUGACGCACAAAUGCAACCAUUAAGUCAAAGCACAGAUACGAACGUUGUUGGCAGUAGAACAACUACAGACAAAGGACAACCUGCAUCGCUACCCACCACACAAAAUACAGAAGAGCUAGCGGGUAGAGAAUACGUUGAGAUGGUGCAACAACUAAACGCAGAUUCGCAUCCAAAUUUAGCGGAUUAUGUUAAUGUAAAUACUGAGUCGAUGCAAUUGGGUGAUUCAACAACAAUUUCACAAGAUGUACUUAUUGAUGGUGAAUGUACUCCGCCGUAUUGUGAAUUUACUACACUUCUAUCAAUAACUUCAACUCAAUCGCCGACUGCUAAAUAAAGUACUGUUUCGCAUGCCAUAAAUAUUAUAUAUAGCUGACUUGGAUGCCAACAUAGCCGAGUGCUCCAUUUGUCACGCAAUGGUGCGUAAAAUAUCAAGCAGUGAACGUUCCUUGGCUGGCAAUGGCAUAACUCCUGGUGCAUUUUUACUACUUGAAAAAGCUUUUUAUAGAAAUCAUCUGUCAUACAUAGGCGACAUAAAACUCACAAGCACUCUA